UAUGCACAUUGUUCGGAUCUCGAAUAAUAUAUUUUUUGGUUUAUUAUCAUCAGAUAUUAUCAUCACUAAACGAAAAUAAUGUUUGAACGAAAAUUGUUGUCAUUACAAUAUGAAAGACCAUCGGUCAAUGUGGAUGAUGAAUCUGAAUUCCAAAACAUUGUAUAUUGGAUUGAAAGUAUGAAGAUUCGUUUCUAUCCACCGAAUGAUCGUAGUUGUUUGUUAGCCGGUUCAAAAAAUUGGAAUGAAUCAUAUAAUAAAUAUUUAAGUGAAAUCAAUUAUCAAGGACCACGUGAUGAUCGAAAAAUUGCUUUAGAUUUCCUACUAAAUCUUGCAUUACGUUACGAAAUGGAAGAUAUUCGUACACAGAUGCAAAUGUCGGCUGAAGAUGUUUCCGAUCUGAUUAAUCUGGAUCUUCAGGGUUCUGGUAGUGUUGAUUUCGGUAACGUGGACAUUAGUUCACUAGAAUUUAUUGAAGAAUUACGAUCAUUAUCACAGUUAUUGAAUGUACCAUUCUAUGAUGAAGAACCAUUGGUUACAUUACGUGCUAUCGCUAUAUUAUUAUGUAAAUUACGAAAAUCAUCAAGAAAUCAAAAUAACCAAAAUGAACAAACCAAUAAUAGUAAUAAGAAACAAAAAAUGGUGGCUACAGUUGAUGAAAAUAUUUUAAAUAGAAAAUUUGCCAGAAAAUCAGAAUAUGAUUCGAUCAUUAAUCGUUGUGCUAAUGUCAUCCGUUUGCUUUACAUCAAAGAUGUACGUGAAUUACAAACCGAAAUUAACAAUGCAAUCGUACAGGUUCAAUCGGUUACGGCAAAUCCAAAAACGGAUUCAUCACUUGGUAAGGUGGGCAAAUGAUUGAUUAAAUCAAAGAAAAAGUUGCACAGAAUUUGCAUUUACAUAAACUUUUUAAAAAAAUUAAAAAUUUAUAUGGUCAUUAAAAAAUUAAUGUAUGAUUGUAAAAAAAAAA